CCUUAUUUGCAUCUUCUUCGCACUUCUCUCUGAGACGCGGAGAGAAGCCUUUCCUCUGUAUUCUUUAAAGGCUUAUAGACAGUAGGGAGAGUAGAAAAUCUGAUGGGGAAGAGGAAAGAGCGCCGCUUCGCCGCUAAUAAUACGAGUCGUCGUGUCAAGCUUGAUCUCUUCGCGGAACCCUCUGGAGAUUUGGGUGGCUCAGAUGUGCGUUGUGAUGGAGAUGAGAAGGAACAAACAGAGCCUAAUGAGUUACCUAAGUCACCUUCUUCUUCAGGUCAGAAAACAGAGAACCCUUUGCUUUUACUUGGACAAUAUAGUGAUGAGGAGGAGGUGGAAGAUGAGAAGGAGGAUAAGGCAGAUGAUGCCACUGCCGAAAGUUCUGUAGCCAAUAAAAAUGAACAGGUUAAAGCACACAAAGAUACAAAUGUCAAAUCUGGUGCAGACACGACUAUCAAGAUGGUUGACCAACAACAAACAGCGGAGGAUUCUUCUGCUUCUGUUUUUAAGGCUGAAGGGGGGAGUGGUUAUGUCACAGCAAGUUACUCCACAGCCUCGGAUGGACUAAACAAGCAGACGGAUCCCUCAGUUCAAGCAACUGGCACCGUGUCUUUGGAGUAUCAUACUCCCAUGGAUGUUACUUCGCAGUGGAAGAUGAUUUUGCAUGAGGAGAGCAAUCAGUAUUACUACUGGAACACACUAACUGGAGAAACUUCGUGGGAAGUUCCUGCUGUAUUGACUCAAACUGCUACGGCAUAUGGGACUGGAUACAAUGAGUCUGGGCAUGUUGUUACAGAUGCGUACACCUUGAGUUCUGGUGUUGAACCAAGCUAUUUGCAACAACCCGUGGAAAAUGUAUACACAGGAACUGAUUGUUCGACCUUUCUAACAGCUGAGCCGGGUGGGAGUAACAAAAGUGAAGAUCAUUAUGCCAAAAGCUUAGGAACUGAUGGUCAUCAAGUUGAAAGUCAGAUAGACUCUGCUGUUAAUUACCAACCAUGUCAGGAGAAGCUUGCAGGGCCAGGAAAUUCAGAUCAUAUGCAGGCUAGUGUUGAUCAAGGAGCGGCUACUGACCUCCCUUCUCGCCUAUUGAGCCAAAGCGAAGGCUUACUGGACAAGCUGAGGUCUCUGCAGAAGUCUCAUGGGACCUUUCACAGCAAUGAGCAGAUAUCAAAGUACAUACUGGAGCUUGAAGUGAGACAUUCUGAUGUAAAGGCACUGUUAUAUGAUACCUCACCUUUACUUUCCUUUUGGCUCCACACUGAGAAAGAACUCAAGCGUCUGGAAGACGGCGUUAACGAUGAGAUUUACGAGCUUGCAAAAUCUGCAGUAAUGGACGGAAUUGCAGAAACUAACAAUAGCUCUCCCAAAGAAAAGUUGGUCACAGAUGAUAAUACAGCAAGUGAAACUCAUGACAGUGGGAGAGAAGGAGAGUUAGCUCAAUCCGGAAAAACUCUUCAUUCAGAUGAAUCAGUGGAUGGUGAUGGAUCUCCCACCCACUCCCAAAGCCAUCCACCUGAGAAGUCUGAUAAUGUUACUCCUUUAGAUGAGAUUCAGAAGGUAGGCUCCUCAGUUGUGGAAGAUGUUGACAUGGAUGUGGAUAUGGAGGUUGAAGAAUCAGUUCCAUUGUCUCCUGCUCAAGCGAUAGAUGCUUCAGAUACAUCCAACCUUCACGCAGAUGUUCCACCGCCUCCGGGGGAAGAGUGGGUUCCACCACCGCCUUCUGAGGUUGAAGAUGUUCCACCACCACCGCCUGAUAGUUUUAGUGAACCAGUUCCUCCACCACCUCUUGAAAACGAUCAUGUCCUUCAACCCUUCUCCAGUGACUCUGUGGGAGUUACCUACACCGUACCGCAAUCAUAUAUUCAGCAACCUGCUGAUCAUGCUGCUCAAUACAACUUAACCUAUCCAGAGUCCAGUUAUCAAUAUAUUUCCAAUGCUGCUGCUCCUAACACUCAGUUCUAUGGCCAAGUCGACGGAUCUCAAGUCUCUCUGCCCCAGUCGGCAUAUUACUAUGAAACUGUUCCUGGUACAAGUGAAGUUGCUCCUGUUGAAGCUUAUUACAAUCUCAAUGGCGUAGCUCCGCUCUUUCCAGUCUCUGCGGAGGCAUCACUGAAUCACGGUGGAGCUGGUUCUGCUAACUACAACAUCCCAAGCGAAUCUUCCAAAGCUGUAGAGCCUAACUCCAAAUCCAAUGAUUCUGGGGAAGCAGCAUCUUUGAGCUCUGCUGCACAAUCCACAGAUGGUACAGGUGGAGCGUCUCUAUUAGCAAAGGGUCAAUCUAAAGUGAAACGGGCUAAAAAGCGGACAGUUGCUGCUACUACAUCCACAUUGAGGUCUAAUAAAAAGGUUUCGAGUUUGGUGGACAAGUGGAAAGCUGCGAAAGAAGAGCUAAACGAUAGCGAAGAAGAGGAAGAAGAAGAUGAUUACGGGGUCCUAGAUAGAAAAAGACGACGAGAAAUCGAAGAAUGGAAAUCCAGACAGAUUGCGAGUGGAGAGGCUAAAGACAAUGCUAACUUCCAACCCCUCGGUGGUGACUGGCGUGAGAAAGUAAAAAGGAGGAAAGAAAGAGCGGGACGUGAAGCUGAUGAGCCUAAGAAGAAAGACGACAAGGUACAAAAACCUGAUCUGACAAAACUCUCAGCACAUCUCCCUUCAGGGUGGCAGGCGUAUUGGGACGAGUCUACCAAGAAAACUUACUAUGGGAAUACGAUAACAUCUGAAACCUCUUGGACACGACCCACCAACUGAAAUCUGUUAUCUGUUUUUCUUCACCCAAAGUUUUGUACUGUUACUUAUAUUUCUAGAAUACAUUUGUAAUUCUAGAUUUUCUCAUCGUUAUAAUGUAAAUCUAUCACAGAGCUCAGCGUGUUACAUGUCUCAUUUGUUGGAGACAAAAUCUUAGGCGAGAUCACAUUUUAACA